GACGUUACUCGCACACUGCGCCAUAUACAAAGGCGUAGCCCUGUGAUUUAUCGCGCGAGAAGCAAUCUAGGCGUAGCAGCUUUAAGAAAGGCCCAGAAUGUCGGUGCCUGUGCCGCGCAGCUUCAGGCUGCUGGAGGAGCUGGAUCGCGGCGAGAAGGGCUUUGGUGAUGGAACUGUUUCCUACGGCAUGGAGGACCCAGACGACAUUCAUAUGCGCAACUGGACGGGGACAAUUAUUGGGCCCGCCAACACCGUCCACGACCAGCGCAUUUACUCGCUCAAGAUCCACUGCGACCUCAGCUACCCUGAGCAGGCCCCGAAGCUUUGGUUCAAGUCUCGUGUGAAUAUGGGCUGCGUCGAUCAGCGGGACGGACGCAUUGACCCCACCAAGUUCCCCAUGCUGGGCAACUGGAAGCGUGAAUAUACGCUGGAGCAGCUGCUGACGGAGAUCCGCCGGGACAUGUCCUCGCCGCUGAACCGGAAGGCCCCGCAGCCGCCCGAAGGCACCAUGUUCUGAGCUAUUUCGUAGCUCCCUGGCGCGUCAGCGGCGGCUACAUAGCAUAACAGCUGGAUAAUCAGGUCGCAGACGGUGAGAGGGGCGUUGCCUGGGGCGGCCAAGCUCGCGGGGGUCACGAGGCCCAGGCUCGGGGCCACGGGCAGAGCACACGCGGCGUUGGAACGUCGGCAGCUUGGAUAGGCUUUUGUGGGGGCCCGUAUCUAGGUGGCCUCAUCGCAAUGAGUGUGUGAAGCAUUAGAGGCGGGCAAAUGCGAACGGACAGGGGGGCAGCGGGCAGCGCAAGGUGUGUACCGGAAGGCAAGCCGUAGGCAGGAUUAGCUUGGAAGGCCAGUCAGUGACUCCUGGACCAUUAGGCAACAUAUACACAACCACGAUGACGAUAUGUUAGGGGGCUAACGCCUCGGACACACGUGACUGGACCCUGACUGAUCUGACUGAUGAGAGGACACACGCAAACCUGUCACUGUGGCAUCAAGGUACUCUGUAACAGUAUGAAUGCCCUGCGUGCCUGUGCACUCGUCAGCGGGACGGGUGGAACCUGAUUUGCGUAGGCAGAAUGACCAGCAAUGCGGUGCACCUCGGGGGCGGAUGGAGGCUUUUGUGUGCAGCUGGUGGUGCGAGAGGCGGAUGCCGGUGAUGGCGGUUUGGUGUAGCCCGGGCGGUAGUGUGGUGGUGGCGCGAUAUUGCGCAUGACCGGGUGAGAGGGCUGUCGUGUUCACAGGGGAAAGGACAUGUGCUGUCUCGCAGUGCUGGUGGUGGCGAGCGCUGCGUGUGGGGGGACGGGCUCGAGGGUGGGCUACGUGGCGGAAGGUGUGUGAGAUGCGAUCUGGGCCGGGUGUUGGCAUGAGUGGCGGUUGCGCCUGUUUGUGUGCCGCGUUUAUGAUGUUACUUGGCAGUGCGCGGCGCCAGGACUGCGGAUGCUUGUGCGGGUGCGGGUGCUUGUGGCUGUGGCCGUGCGGGGUCGCGGUGGAGAAAGUACGGCAAGUGCGCGAGUAAGAGAGGGAGGCAGGUGUGUGUGUGUAUGCUCUCAAGUCGGACUCUGGUGGAGUUUGGCUGCCAGGGGGUGAAGCGCGCGGAUGCCUAGGCGAUGGCGAUAGGCAAUGGCAUCAGGCAGCAGGACGUGAAACAGCAAACCCCGUCAGGCGUCAGCAGAGGGUGGGCCGCGUGGGUGGAUCGGGACCAGCAGCUGAACCCGCUGCAGGACAGCGGACAGACACGCAGCCUCUCCGACUAGGAACGCUGUGACAUGCAGCAAGUCCUUGACCGCAAAUGGGCCAAGCACGCCCGGGCCCUUUGUCGGGAACAGAGCCCACCGGCCUUCCUUGGAACGGUUAUGGACAGGCUGCGUAAGCCGCAAGGCAGCGCCAGGCGCCAGUACAGGUGCGUGGGGCCUUGGCUGGGGCGCGCAGCCGGACCCGUCGCAGAGCAGCAUAAAGCAUCACCGGUAACGGCAGCCCUGAGCAGCCUCUCCAUGAUGGAGUGUAACAGUCAGGACUA